ACCUCGAGUAGAUACUACCAGGCCGAGUAGAUGUGAACUGACCUUGUCCAUUGUUGCCAAAUUUCAACACAAAUCCAAUUGAAUUGUUGCUGUUUAAGUUUCCAGGAAUUAUUAUGUUCUUGAUGGUUGUUGUUAAUAGUGCCUGUUUCUGUUAAGCCUUUCUCUUCUAUCUUGACGGGUUCUUCCCCGUGACACAAAGUCUUGAGAAGAAAAAAAAAAAAAAAGAGGAAGUUGCCUUGACGAUUUAGGUCUUUAGGAGUUUUGCAAUGGGUUUGAGUAGACCUCAAAAGCCUGGCAAUGGAGUUUCUACCAGAUGGGUUUCUCUCUUUUGCAUUGCCAGCUUCUUCUUGGGUGUACUUGUUGUCAACAGAUUUUCGGCUAUUCCUGAUCCAGUUAAAAUGGAUGAGGAGGCUUCUUCUGUACAGAAACAUCUGGGAAAAGAAGUUCAUCCCAUGGUUAAUUGUGAUAAGGCAGGUGAUAUUCUUUCUCAAGUUUCACAAACUCAUGAUGUAAUUAUGACAUUAGACAAAACAAUCUCCUCACUAGAAGUGCAGCUAGCUGCAGCUAGAGCUGCCAGAGCAGAUAGUGAGGAAAGGUCUCCAAUGACUACAAAAUCAGUAACUGAGAACUUGAAGGAUCGCCAGAAAAUUUUCUUUGUUAUGGGAAUUAUUACUGCAUUCAGCAGUAGAAAACGAAGGGACUCAAUCAGGGAAACUUGGAUGCCUCAAGGGGAGGCAUUAAAGAGGUUGGAGAAAGAGAAGGGAAUUAUAAUGCGAUUUGUCAUAGGACACAGCGCAACCCCAGGUGGUGUUCUGGAUCGUGCUCUUGGUGCUGAAGAAGAGCAACACAAGGAUUUUUUGCGCUUGAAUCACAUAGAAGGUUACCAUGAAUUGUCAUCAAAAACGCAAAUGUACUUUUCCACAGCUGUUGCUAAGUGGGAUGCUGACUUCUAUAUUAAAGUCGACGAUGAUGUACAUGUAAAUCUAGGUAUGGUGGGUUCUACACUGGCCCGUCACAGAUCAAAACCCCGUGUUUAUAUUGGCUGCAUGAAGUCUGGACCUGUUCUGGCGCGGAAAGCGGAUAAGUAUCAUGAGCCAGAAUAUUGGAAAUUUGGUGAGGAGGGAAACAAGUAUUUUAGGCAUGCAACUGGACAAAUAUAUGCAAUCUCCAAAGACUUGGCCACCUAUAUCUCAGUCAAUCGGCACAUACUUCAUAGAUAUGCAAAUGAAGACGUCUCUUUGGGUUCCUGGUUUAUUGGUCUUGAUGUUGAGCAUAUAGAUGAUAGAAGUCUCUGCUGUGGUACUCCCCCCGAUUGUGAGUGGAAAGCACAAGCUGGGAAUCCCUGUGCAGCAUCAUUUGAUUGGAGCUGCAGUGGCAUUUGCAAGUCUGUUGAGAGAAUGGAGGAGGUGCACCAGCGUUGUGGGGAGGGUGAUGAAGCCAUCUGGCAUACCAGUUUCUGAAAGCAUACCACUAACCUGGUUGUAAUAUAUUUGUAUAAGUUUGAUCAACGCUAUGCAUCAAACAACACCGUCUAUCCCAAAUUUUGCCUAUCAAUAUCUAGGGACAACUGGUACAGGAUUAAAUUAAUUACUGCACAUAUUCUCAUUUUCAGGGAAAAGAAUGAAAGUCUUUUAGUUUUAAAGUGUCAUUCUCGUUAACUGAAAUUGACGGACAGCAGGUUGGCUUUGUUUUUAAUGUAUUUGAAUCAUUGGAAGGUUAGAUCAAAACUAUUUAAACAGGUUGAUGUAGGCUUAGGGAUGUUGACAUGACCAGGUCUAUAGAGCUUGUUGAUCAAUCAAAAGGGAAGAUAGUAGUCGACAGAGUAGAUGCAUUGGCAGGAUUCUUCAGUGUCAAUAGGGAACACUCCAUUUUUUUCUUUUUCUUUUUUUUGGUUCUGUGGUUAAUAUUUAAAUUGA